AGCGCUGUCUGCUGAGCUAAGUUCUGAGACCCACCAUGGUGAUUAAAGUCUUCCUGGCCUCGUCCUCUGGGUCCACUGCGGAAGAAAUCGCUUUAAAGAAAAACUCCAUAUCUGUAAGGAGAUGUAAUGAGCCUUUAUCCAGGCCAUGGCAUGGUCCAGCCAGCCUUGCUGUGCUGCACGGAGGAACUCCCUCGCUCUGCUUCAAUCAAAAAGAAGCAGCAGGAUGUUCUUGGAUUCCUGGAAGCCCUAAAGAUCGAGUUUGCACAGCUGGACAUUGCGUCAAACGAGGAAAACCGCAUGUGGAUGAGACAGAACGUCCCGGGAGACCGGAAGCCUUCCAAUGGAAUCCCCCUACCGCCUCAGAUCUUCAAUGAGAAUGACUACUGUGGGGACUAUGACACAUUCUUUGAUGCCAAGGAGGAGAAUGCAGUGUAUGAGUUCCUGGGUCUGACCCCACCACCCGGCUUUAAGAAAGAGUCGAUCCCAGAGGAGGAACAGAACGGAGAUUCAGACAUGGUGGAGGAAGAGGAAGGUCCCGGGCACACGGCGGAAGCGAAGAUAACAGGAGGAGGGCUACAGAAGACGGCGCAAGACGAGGCAUCAGAAGAAGGAGAAGAAUCUGAAGACCAAGGAGAAGAGAAAGACAAACGCAAAAUGUCUCCAGAGGAGGAAGACAUCCAGGAUGAUUAUGUAGAUGAAGAGAAUGAAAAGGGAGAAGAGGACUUGGUGUCUGAGGAAGAAGAGGUAGAAGAAGACUAGUUUUCUGGCGCAGAGGAUAAACGCGAUCAAGCUUGGCUGACCUCCGACACUGGGGAUGGAAACGUGUUCCAGGAGAAAACCUUCAAAUGGACAAAUUCUGAAAACUCAAUCUAGGCGUGGACAUUACCAGAGCUGCACAAUUCAGCUUCAGAAAGUUCAGAAAUUUCUCACCACUCAUGUUGUUGCAAGUUCUCUACAGCCAGGUAGAAUUAACCAGUAAAGUGUGAUGGGAAUGCAGAAUGAUGGCAGGACUUGGACUUGUUGAAUCUGAAUUUUACUCCUCUGACAUAAAUAAACCUGAAAUAAAGCAUCAGUUAACCUUUUUAGCUACCUUUUAGUUUUUUUUUUUGUUUUUUUGUUUUUUUACAAUGAUGAAGACAACACAAGCAGAUUUUGUAAUAUUUAUAUCAGGCACUGACAUUUUUUGUCUUACGUAGGGUUUAUGACCUAAACACAGACCACCUCAGUGCGCAUUUGAGAUCCAGAAGCUCACUAACAGCGUCGCUAGAUGCCUUUUCGUGUCUGUUUCUUAAGGAGCUGUUUGUUUUAGAGGGCUUUGUUGCAUGUGCUACAUUGAUACUACAACUGUAGAAGGUCCUACGGUCUCUCUCUACGUAGUACCUGUUCUGCUGACACAAGUCUUGGUUGUAGAUCAUUGGCUGGUUUAUCCAAGCAGAGAUUGUGCAAGUUUUCCAGAGAUUGUUCCAGAGUCCUGAUGUAGAGUGCACAGUGUUGAAGACUGUUCUGUUUAAAAUGUGUCUUAAUCUUUGUGUGAAAAACCAUCACUAAUAGUGUCCUCUCCUCACUCGGUUUGAUCUAAUGCGUUUAAUGGAUCCGUUGAAUGGAUGCACUGUUCUCAUUAGUCACAUGAAAACCGAAAGCACUUUUUUAAUGUAGACAGAAACCGAAUGAUUGAAAAUAAUCCAAUGCUAUUAAACAAGCAUGCAGUGUCAUGCAGGAAAAUAUGUUUGCUUCAUUAAUUACUGUCCUUUCAAUACAAGACAGACCCAUACCGAGACAGGAUGGUGUACAUAUAAGAAACAAAUGUAUAUUAAAAAAAAAUAUCCCAGUGGAAA